AAUAGCUGCUUUUGAAUUAUAUAAAGUCGCAACGAGUGAUAUCGUUACAUACCUGUUUGCACUCACUUUAAAACAAUGGGUGGAGGAAAUUCAACGCCCGAGCCACCUAAUUUAUUAACUGAUCAACCAUGGAGACAGCCAGCAGAUUGGAAUCAUUGGUUAGAGAAACAGCUCAUGAAAGAAAUAAAAGAAAUUAUACCUAAUGGUCGGCCAAACCUACUAACUGCAGGGCCAGUUGGGUCUGGAAAAUCAUCAUUUAUCAAUGCCAUAUAUAGUAUUGGCGAAAAUACAAAAGUACAACCGGCCAAAUCUGGAAGUUCUGCAUCAAGUUAUACUGUUAUGUACAAGGGCUACACUCAAAAAGAUACACCUCAAAAACAAAAACGACUACUUGAACAUUUUAUACUUAGAGAUACGAUGGGAGUGGAGCCAAAGGAUGGUGCUGGAUUUCACGUUGACGAUUUCGUGUAUUUAGUCAGGGGAAACAUAAAAGAUACGUACAUGUUUAACCCUGCCGCACCAAUUAAACGAGGCGACGGGCACUUCUCGGACCCCCCAAAUCCAGACUCUGUUAUUCAUUGUGUCAUCUUUGUUAUCAGCGCAGUUGAUGUCUACAACUAUAUACCAGAGGGUUACAUCAGAAAAAUAGGCCAACUACAAGAUAAACUCCGAUUGGAGGGCGUUCCGAGGAUACUUAUUCUUACAAAGGCGGACCAGUUGUGCGAAGAAGUGAAUGACAACAUUAAAUUAUUGUUUAGGAGCGUUAAAGUGCAAAAGGCCGUUAAAAAGGCAAGCGAGAUAUUUCAAAUCGAUCAAGCGUCUAUUCAUCCUGUCGUAAAUUAUGAAGUCGAUUACACAUUAACCCCAGAACAGAACAUCCCAUUGCUUCUUGCACUUAAACAGGGCAUGAAAUAUGCAGAAUUGCAGAAGAAACAGCUUGAAGAUGAUGACGACAUACCCUAAUAAAACAUGCUUAACCGACAAAAAAGUUACUGAAUCAAUUCGUUUACCUUAUGUUGUUUUAAUAUAAAAGUUGUUUGUAUAAAACGAAAAGAAUGGAAACUUUUAUAACUUUUUUAUGUUUUGCAUUUUUCAUUCCAGAAUAUUAUGUAAACUAUCGUUCUGAUUCCUGAAUUACAAUAAUACUAAAACAGCACAGUAACACAGUACUGCGUGCGUGAUUUUUCAAGUUCCGCUUCCGCAUAUUGCAGUGCUGAUAAUAUUGUAAACAAAAAGUUGAAAUAUGGUAUUACUAGUACUUGUAUUUUUGUACUUUUUCACAAUGAGUGAAUUAUUGUUUUAUAUAAAUAUUGUUUGUU